CAUUAACACCUUGGAUGAUUCUAAAUGCAAAAUCCAAUUGACAACAAUCAGUUGGGCUUUGGAAUCAUCUAAGGUUUUAUUGGAGGUCUUAGAAUUAUUGGAAUCGUUCUUGUUCAGAUCUUCUUCAGAUCUGUAAUGAUUGUUCCGGCGAAUUCCGUAAGGCAGUUCGUGUGCGUUCUCUCCUGGAUCUGGUCUGUUUCUUUGGGUUUUUCCUUUUUUCCGAUUCGAUGGUUCUUACAUUUGCUUCCUCUUUUUUUCGAUUGUUCUUUGGGUUUCUUUGUUUAAAUCUAGAUCGAUUUUUGUUCAUUUGUUCGUGUGCGUUCUCUCUUGGAUCUGGUCUGUUUUCUUUGGGUUUUUCCUUUUUUUUCGAUUUGAUGGUUCUUACAUUUGCUUCCUUUUUUUCCCUGGUUCGAUGGUUCUUUGGGUUUCUUUGUUUAAAUCUAGAUUGAUUUUUGUUCAUUUUAAUAAAUACUGAGGAACAAUUAUUAUGAAUACAUUUUCAUAUUCAUAUUAAUAAUCGGUUCUUAAUAUGAUCUUGGUUUAGCAAAUUCAGUUCCUGCAUUUUUGUGUUCUGGGUACAACAUCUUCAGUAGAAAUAAAUGUUCAGAUGUUUCUGGUUUUUUGUGUUCUGGGUAGAACAGCUUGUCAUCAUUUGUUAUGGUUUGGUGUUCUAGCUAACUUAUAAUUUCUAAAUGGUCUAGAUUUAAUACCCUGCAGAUUCGCAUCUCCAAUUCAAUCUACUUCGAUCAUUAUUUGCGAUUUCAUUUGCAUUUUAGUUGGUUUAUAUUUGGUGGUUUUGUUCUUAUUUAUGCUUUUUAGGUCAGGUUUGGGUGUUUGAUUGUUACAGGUUUAUUAUCCAUGCUAGGUUAGAUUAGUAUGCAAAUUAGUGUUUUUGGUUAAUAGUGUGAUAACUGUGCAAAUUAGUAUGAAAAUGAACCAUUAGCAGGUUAAAUACAGGUUCAUAUUUUCGUUUUCAUAAUCAUUUUGUUUUAUGUUCAGGCUCCCUUUGUUGACAAGUUCAGAUAAGAGAAGGGAUGGCAUGUAGUGUGAGGCCUAUGCAAUGUCCCUCAUUUGAAGGGAAACACUGCUGCCUAAACACGCCCUUGCACCACGGUUGUUGAGUUUGGUAUAUUGCCGGUGAUCACGAGGUUAUGGCUGCAGCACCUACACAGGUUGUGAUCCCCUUCCACCCUCUGCUUGAGCAGAUAACCACAUGCCUCCAUUUUCCUGCUCCUGUUUACCAUUUCCUAGACAUGGCUAAGAAUAACGUGUACGUGACUGUCAAGACAAAUUCUGGGCCCAUUGCUUAUGUUUAUGUUGGUGGGGAGGCUGCGGAGGUGGCUGAUUCAUGUGAAAAGGCAGCCCAGAAAGCCGUUCGUGACCUUAUGAAAAAGUUCAAAGUAUUUGUUGAGGAUGUGACGUCUCGGAGGAGUGAGGUGUUUGCUAGGUGUGCUGGGUUAUAUCGCCUUAAGAGAAAUGAGUUAGAGGCCGUGGAGAAAGGGGCACCUAAGCAGCCAAUGCCCGAGGAAUUAUGUGAGGAUGUUGAUGGCCCUGUCAAAUUUGUAUCUGUUGAUUUCAUGUCAGUCCUGCGUGCUGUGUUUAGGAAGGUCCCAAUAUUCAGUACUCCGAUUGAGACUCUUGAGCAUACCCCUACCCAGUACACUUCAUGGUUCACCCUUAAAACUCAAAGAGCAUGUUUUGGUUUUGAGUGCAUUGUCAGUGAGUGCUGCCCUACCCUUGCUGCAGCUAAACAGAGCCUAGCAAAGAAGGCCCUUGAUUAUCUAAUGGUGGCUUGCAACUUUGAGGUAGUUGAUGCUAACUAUAACCCCACCGAAUCAAAGUUCGAUGCUCUUCUUUGUGCCCUUGAAAGGGAGACCUGUUUGACAGUCAAGGAACGCGUUCUUGGCAUCAAAGAAGACAUGGAACCUUCUUUGUUGCUUGUGGAGCAGGACUGUCUCACCCCACGUGGUGCACUCUUCCAAAUAACUACUAUUGCUUCUCCCCCGCUCCCCGUCAAGAAACGCAAGUCUCCAGCAUCUCUAAGGCCUUCUGUUGUAGCUGCUUCCAGCUCUGAUGUUCCCCUUUCCUUUGCAGACUUGCCUGACCUCGACACUUGUACUGAAUUACUUUUGUGCCCUGAUGUUGGCCAUUCUCUUUCAUGGCACACUAGCCUACACAGUCCUUUUUGUAAACUUCAAUGUACCAUGCUUUGGCGGUUCCCGACUCAGGAAACAACUACCGGCCAGUGGGAGACGGCUAGCUUAUCUGGAUAUGCCUGCAUGUUUAGUGGCACGUGGUCACCACUGCAAUUAGGUUUGCUUUGCUCUCACCUGUUGCAUCCGGGCUCAGUCAGUUAUACAGUUGUUUCGUGUUUCAUGAGCAUGCCUGACUCAAUUCUCAGUCUUUUGGUUAACAGUAAAGUGAUGUCCUUCUGGUAA